AUGGCAAUAACUGGAGGCAUAUUUCUGCGAGUGAGCAAGGCCCUUAUCCUCCUGUCGAUCCCCGCGUUAUGUGUUGGCGGCGACGCAAUCAGUCCGCAGAUACCGUCUGUUGAAUCUUUCGUCCCAUCGAACGGCGUAUUCGAGCUUCCCCCCAUCGUCCACAUUGUCGUAGACAACGAAUAUGCAAGUCACGGAAGCCCAUCGCUCCUCGAUUUCGCGAAGGUCUUCCAAACGGACCUGGAGGAAGCAAUACCCUAUGUGACUAACACGACCAUCUCGCUGUCGCCACUCGAUCCUGAUCCCACAUCGGACAUCCCCACGAUCUAUCUAACCAUCAACUCAUCUGCUCAGUUCACCCUCUAUAACGGACAGCCUACCGACGAGGGAUACCAGUUCGAGGUCACCCCUGAUACGUACCGGAUCACUGCUCUCGCGCCCAUCGGUGUUUGGUGGGGCACCCGGACCUUUCUGCAACAGGCUGCGGUCGAUCUCGCCCAGGGCGCAAAGACCGUGUCUUUCCCUGCGGGCCAGGGUGUUGACUCUCCUGGGUGGGAAGUACGUGGCUUCAUGUUGGAUGCUGGCAGACACUGGUUCGAGGCAUCCUUCCUGGGUGACCUCUGCAUAUAUGCGUCUUUCUUCAAGCUCAACGAGUUGCAUCUCCACGCCUCUGAUAACCUCUGGAAUCCAGCUUUCCUAUACGGCGAGGGCAACGAAGGAUGGGAGAAACUCUACGCGGCGUUCAGGUUUCAACCUCCUGCGGGUUCCGCUCUUGAUGGCCUUGUGCCUAGGAAGAACGAGAGCUGGACGAAGCAGGAGUUCCUUGAUCUGCAGCAGACGUGCGCUAGUCACGGCGUCACCAUCAUACCAGAGGUUGACACGCCAGGUCAUUCCCUUGUCAUAACCCAAUGGAAACCGGAGCUCAUGGAGUCUGGCCAACCCGACCAUCUCAACCUAUCGUAUCCCGAAACAAUCCCGACUAUUAAGUCUAUCUGGGACGAGUUCCUGCCCUGGUUCUCUGCAGCUGAGGUGUCUAUUGGCGCUGACGAGUACGAUGCCUCCCUCGCCAACGACUACAUCUCUUUCGUGAACGAAAUGUCGACCUACAUUGGCGCGCAGUUCAACAAGUCCAUCCGCAUCUGGGGUACGAACGAGCCUAGCACGGCGAUGUCGGUCUCAGAGAACAUUACGAUCCAGCACUGGGACUUUCCCGGCGACGACAUCCCUGUCCAGCUCCUCUCGCAGGGUUAUCGUGUCAUCAACUCGGAGCAGACUUUUCUGUACUUAGACGGAAAGACAUCCGAGGACAACCAAUUUCCACAGCAGCUCAGUGAGGAUCUGCUCUGGUCUGGAGCCCCAGGCGGGAAGGGCUGGGCGCCGAACAUCUUCUCGGCUACGGACCCGACGAACAACACCACUCCAGACGCUCCGAACCUUCGCGGUGCGAUCUUCGCGCUCUGGAAUGACUGGGGCAAUAACGCGACGACCGCGCUCGAGAUCUACUACCAGCUCGCGAAGAGCGUUGCCCUGUUCAGCGAGAAGGCGUGGGCGGGGAGCGAUGUCCGUGCGACUGCCCUCACCCGUGACCAGUUCGACACUGUAUACCCCGCGCUGACUGCAGCAGCCCCUGGGCAGAACCUUAACAGAGUGGUCAAGCCGAAGUACGGAAAUGUCGUAUAUGAGUUCCCCGGGACCUACAGCACUCUCAGCACGGAGAUCACUUCCGUCGGUCCGCCAUAUACCCUCUCCUUCAGCGUCAAGCCGGACCCGAGGUCGCCUGAUACAGGACUUCUUUUCUCUGGUAUCGAUUCCAAGCUUCACGUGGCUAACCUCACGUUCGAGGCUACCGGUCAGCUAUAUGCGCUCGGCUACGUACUGCCAACAGACAAGUACACGUCUGUGUCCAUUCGCGCGACGCGCGAAUAUACAUACGCGGUCAUCGACGGGGACGAGACCAACCCACGAUACUGGUAUACGCUUAUGGACAUCUGGGGUGACUAUAUGGCGCUGGGCAACAUGUCAUUCGCUGCGCCGUCACACAACAUCGGAGGAAGCGGAUUUUCCGGUGAGAUCAGGGAUAUCAAAUUGACACUGGAGGGCAAGCAGGUGGCGGCGAUACUGAGGUGA